CUGAUUUAAAAUAGAUGAAAAAGAAGAAUUUUUCAAAAGAGACAGGAACACUGGCACUCAACCUGAACUCCUCAAUCACAGCAACUAUUUAUCAAAUGCAGCAAAAGGUGAGAGUGCUGACAUAUUUGACAAAGUCCAUCCACCUCCCCACGGUUCUGGUUGCCUCGUGCUAACAGUCCAGAUCUGAUGGCAGUACAGUAUCUUCUCGGCCAUGGAGCCCAGAAAGAAUACCCGAGCUCAACCUGGUACGCUACGCUUUCUGCCAGAUCGACCCGCCAGUGGCGUUGGGGCGGCAUCUGAUGAACGCCCCAGGUCGAGAAACGAGUUUCAGCUUGCUGAUGAGACGGAAGACGAAAAGGGCAGGAUACCCCCUGGGUGCGAUCCACCGGGGGCGUACAGUGUCAGGCCUGGCGAAGGAAGCGAGGUAGGGAUGGCAGCACAAAUGGCUCUUGCUGAUACUGCAGAGUCCACAAUAGUAGCACAAGAGUCGUCAAGAACGGAAACAGCUGUAUCUGCAGAAUCGUUCGAACCCAACCAACUUCUUGAAGCGAUCCCUGUGACAGCGGAAGUGCUCGAUAAUGAAGCUGAAAAGGAGGCAGAGUUGCAGAUGUUGCGCGAUAUAGAGAAGGUAAAAGCAGCAGAGUUACAGACGUUGCACGAAACAAUGAAGGCAAAAGAAGCAGAAAUGUUGGUGUUACGGCAAAAGGUUGAACUGACGAAGUUGAAUUCCCAGAACUACCACCAGCAACAUUACGAGUUUGAACCAGAUGAAUGUCGAUAUGUCUUUGUCUAUGGUAGUCUCCGCCCCGAUGAUGAAUCCAACAAAUCCUGGAACCAGGAUGCCGUUUCUGGGAUGCUGGGACAAUGGGCCGAGCUUCGUGGUGCACACCUUUACAACGACAAAUACGCCAACGUUGUUUUUGAGGGUGCCAAGAGUGAAGACACUGUGUACGGCUGGGUCCUUACCGCUGGGAAGUCCUGGUUUACAAAGAGAUUGAAACUGUUUGACUUACUACUGGGUCAAACAGGAGGCUCAUACGAACGAACAAUCACCAAAGUGUGGCUUUUGGGUGACCCAAAGAUAGGUCCUCCAGGAUCUUCUGUCAUGGCAUAUGUUUACCAUAUACCCAAUGGCGACAAAAGUGAGGAAAACCUUAUUCCAUCUGGGGACUGGCUGCUGCGAAACAGUAAAGUCACAACGUCGUAGCAAUCACACCGCCCAACUCGAAGCCAAGAACAACACCCCUAAUAUGGACCUAGUGCGUGGGUAUGCCGUAUGCCUUCCAUCGAGUCUCCCGGCCCCACUUCUCGCCUCGCUAAUGACUUCAGAUGUUUGUACCGUCCCCUGCCCCACAAGUCUCCAGCCUGCCCCGAACACAGACCAACACCAGGACGCACUCACGCAGGCAUCAAACCGUGCUCCCCGACCAACUCGCAUGGAAGGUGCCCAGACCAACAUGUUGACCUGGACCAACACCAGGACUAGCUUGGUUGCUGUAGGACUAGUAGCGUAUAUCGGAACCAGGGCCGGACAUUGACGAUGAGUCGAGUCAGUCCAUUUUGGCAUUCAAAGACUACCAAACUUCUAGCUAAAGGGUCGCUCUCUUCUAAAAACAAAAGGUUCUAAUACUUUAUAUCGCCGUA